GCAGAACCUGGCGAAGAACUAGUACUACUAUGAUGUCAAAAGAAACCGACAUGGAUGAUAGCCUUGCCAAGGCAUCAGUUUCUCUUAGGCUUUCAGCCGCUACUGACACUGCAAGUGCAAGGCCGUCCCAAUGGUCGAACUUCAUAAGUAAGCUAUUCUUCCGCUACGCAACGGUGCUCGUCCCAGCGUUCUCCGCAGCCGCGGUCGACGCCGUACAGGCAGAAGCGUCUGGCCCGACUGCACAGGCAAUCACGCCAGUCGCUACUCAGACGAUUCAACUCGUUCAGCCACAGAUCGACAACCUAUUAUCGACUUGCAAAAUUCUUAGCAAUGCUCUUGAUGAUCUUGCAAAGAUCCAUCCUUUCGUCUCCGUCGUCGUAUUAGCGUUCAAGACCGCGCUUCAGUUUGAGAUGAGUCGCCGACAGAACGACAAACGGGUCAUGCUCAUACGAGUGAAGAUGUACGAUGUGCUUUCGGUGCUGCUCAUCAUCCGCAGCAUCCCUGGGAACGAGCGCGUGGAUGAUGGGAAGACCGUCGAGGAGCGCCUCCGUGAGCGCAUUACGAAGAUAGCCGAUGACAUCGAGAGGUAUUCUGCAAUAUGCGAUACGUUCUCCAAGAAGCAGACAGUCGUCAAACUCUUCCGGAGUUUGGAGUGGGAAAGCAAACUAGAGGGCUUUAUCAAGCUCUUUGACGAUCACAAGCAGGCCUUGCAAGAAGAUCUCGCAGUCUACUCUAGCGUCGGCAUCCACCAAGCGAACGAGACCCUGGCUACUGUCUCCUCGCAUGUCGCAAGCACCAAUGACAAAACAAGCACGCUGCUUCUCUUGCAAUCACUACGGUCUCCUCUCGAUCGCGAGCUGAUCCAGAUGAUUGAGCUCCAUGGCGGUGCGGAUAAGGUGCUCACGGACGAGAGCCUGAUGAGAGAACUGAUUGAGAGAAGCGCGGACAAGGAUGCCCAGGCAAUGCACCUCAAAGACAUUGUUCGCGACGUCAACAAGUCUUUUGCAGACAUGGUGCAGGAGAACGAGGAGCUCUUCAGUUGCAAGUUCAGGGCUCAACAGGAUGCCCUAGCAGAGGGUAUGUUCUUCAUCGCGAGGCGCGAAGGGGAUCGUGUCAUUGGUGCAAUCACGUCCGGACCACAUGACCGAAUAGACUUAUAUGAGGUCUGGAAGGAGUCGGGGUGGAAAGGCAUGGCGAAAGCUCGGAGCCUGGUAUUAGGCUUACGCGAAUAUUAUGUCGAGCACCAAAAGGAAAGCGCCCUGAGCGAACGCCAGGCUCUCGAAGAGAGCCACGGAAUUGUCUUGACCAGUGAAGAGUCUAGUGACUCAACGAAAGUGCAAGAGAUUGCACACGUUACCAGACGUGGCACACUUCCGGAAGACGAGUGGGCUUUGGAGUAUAUCACCAUUUCUCGGAUUCAGCCCUUGCUCGAGGCGUUUGACAACGAUGCAUCCUCAUUUGUCUCAGUAUCCGAAGUGAAUGCCUUCAGCAGUGCUCGGCCAAGUGACUGGAGUCUGGUCAAAUGGAUGGCAUAUUGGGCAGCAGGUUUUCCGCACACCCUUCGCUACUACUUCCGGCGUAUUCAGGUUCUGCUCGCGCGAAUAACCAUAAUGGCGGAAGAGGCGAGGAAAUCAUCGCCGGGAAAUAAUAUAAUUGUCGAUUAUUUUCAGAACCAUGUUUGGCCUACCUACUUUCUCGACCACAUACUCGCUGGCGUCUACGACAUUGGUCUGGACUUGUCAGAAUGGGACCAAGAUCUCUUCGACCGCUUUGGAGAUUACGUCAACGGCGAGGAGGCCAAGAUGAAGAGUAAAUUGAAAUCUGUGAGAUACUGCAUCGACGUGCAAAACACACUUCAAUUCGUUCUUGGUUCCACCAGUCUCGAAAAGGUUUGCGCUGAAUUUCUCUUGAUUUUUACAUCGUUGCCCAUGGACGUUAAAUCAUCAGCGAUGUGUAAGCUUCAAAACCUCGAUCCAAAGGAGCAGCUUCAGAAAUUGUCUUACGGAAUGUACUAUUACUGCAAGUAUGCCGAAGAAUUGGAUAUAUUAAACAAGAAUGAGUAUUUUUCCGCCAUUUACCUUCGGUCCAGGUCUAAAUGGGACUCGAACGGGCUCGUUACCGUCCGCAAUCUUCUGUUUUCAUCCAGACACCUUUCGCUCUGUGACGUUUUUUAUGCCGAAAUCGACAUUGUCCAAGAGAAUGAGCCCCCAGAGGCACUUUUCUACCCUGAGCAGGACCUCUACCCCCACGUUGAAAUUUACAAUGAAGACGAAGUGCAAUCAUCUUCCAUCUCGGUUGAUCACUGGGUCGUUUGGAGCGGUCACGUUUCGGUGAAACAAUAUGACGGCAGUUAUGCUGGCAAGUCAUCGGCUGGUGUUCUAUUCCUCACCCUACCCCCCGACGGAGACGACGGAGCGAUCAUGGGAUCAGGGGUAGAUGAGGCAGGCGACUUCACCAUCACUGGCCAGCUGCAGGGGUCCGCGAUCAGAUACAACAAGGAACGUGCAUCGAAAACGCAGCGGUUCACGGGUACGCUGAACGCAGCACGCAACGAGAUCGCAGGUGCCUUCGGUGCCCUCGACGAUGUCAGGAAUCUCGAUGCUGCACUAGAGGACUCCGCGGUUCUAGGCCGUUUCAAACUUUGCGUUGCGCCGUGGGUGCGAUUUUCCUACCUACAACCUAGCCAAGAGGAGCUUGCGAAGAACAAAGCACGCGCACUAUGGAGGUUCGCGAUCGACAGC